UCAGGUUUAAAAAUGGUUGAAAGCGAAGAUAUUCUAAUUCCUUAUCUGACAUCUAGGCUUUCGGAAACUUUGUUUUUGUUCCAACAAAAAAGAUACCUAUGUGAUGUUAUGAUAAUUACUGCCAAUGGCUUUAUCCCAGCUCACAGAGUAGUUCUUGUGGCCGCCAGUAAGUACUUUUAUGAAGCGGAAACUACAAGGCACACUUUUGACUCUUCGGACCCAAACUUCCAUCUUAAUUAUGACAUUGAGGAUGUGAGAAAAGUUGUGAACAUGUUAUACACGGGUAAAAUGACCGUCACCAAGUUUAAUGUUGAUAGAGUGGCAGCGAUUUGUGCGGAAUUAAAGCUGAAUGACGCUUUAGAAAAAUGCAUUGUGUUCAUGGCAGAGGUUGGUGUAGCGAAUCAUGUGAUGUUAGGAUUAGUUGAUGUUCCAGAGAGAAAUAAAGAUGUGGCGGACAAAUCUGACAGCAAUGUAAUUAAUGCAGACAUUGCAAACCAUGAAGGGCAAGGUGUUAACAUACUUAACUGUGAGACUGACAGUGGAAAACCUUUAAAAGAAAAAAGUUUGAAAAGGAAAUAUUCUAUCACUGAAAGUGAAAAUAAUGACCAGAAGAGAGCUCAUAAGAAGCCCAAACUUCCUGCUGUGAAAAAAGCAAAGACAAACAAGAUGACUACUCCCUCUCACAAUGUGUCCGAUAAAGAGAGCCAUGCCACAUCAUCAUCAGAAUCAAUGAUUACCAUAGAGCCCCACCCUGUAAUGGCUUCUGAAGAAAAUAUCAGCUCUCAGGAAUCCCUGGAAGUUAGACGCGGCCAGAGUCCAGAACAAGAUGAGACUGCCGAAAACUCAUUGCCCGAGUCCAAUACAGAGCUCACAAAGGUAGAAAAGUUUUCCACUGAUACUGAUGAUACAGCAACAACGUCUCAACUUUGUAUGUUUAUGGAUUUAAAUGAACUGAAAGUAUAUCAUUCGAAACCUGCCCAUGCUGAAAAAAUCACCAAGCAGUUUGACCCUGAUGGCUCCAUUACGGAGGCUGUAGAGAGGGACCAGGAGUUUCUCACGGUGGGACAGGUGGAGAAGAGGGUCAACUGCAGGAAGUGUAAGAUGGUCUUCAAGGACGUGGAGUCGCUCGCGGAGCACCGGCGGGAAAUCCACCCAUCUAACUGCAAAAAGGAGAGAUUUGUGUGUGAUAUAUGUAAUGCUAAACCCAACAAUCAUGUCACUCUUGUGGAACAUAAAUUUAAGAAGCAUGGAAUUGCAUAUGACAAAACCAAGUAUCCCAUUUAUAAGUGUGAGGAACAGGACUGUGAGUUUCAAACCAUCGUCCCUUACAAACUGUCGGAACACAAGACCACUGUCCACUCGGGCCUGGCCUGUAUCUGUGAAACAUGUGGCCGAGCCUUUAAAAGUAAGAGUGUCCUGCGAUACCACAUCCAGUCCAAUCACUCCGGGACCAGGCCCAAAUUUAUUUGUAACACAUGUGGUAAAACCUACUUCACAGCUCAGGCACUGAAGAAACACAUGGAGUACCACACGGGGACCCAGAAAAGACUCCUUUGCCAUCUUUGUCCGUACAGCAGUGUAGGAAAACAGGAGCUGAAUAACCACCUACUGAAGUUACACAAUGUCCCAGUACCAAGGAAAACUAAAGUAUAUCAAUGUGAGAAGUGUGAUUACUACUCCUUGAAUCGGACCCAAUUCAACAGACACGUAGCCAUGCAUGAUGGAGGAGAGAAUGCUUUCAAGUGUUCGGAGUGUGAUAAAACGUUCCCUUCCAUGUAUAACUUGAAAAGUCACGAAAAAAGACACAAGGCAGAGACAGUCAACUGUCCUUAUGAAGGCUGUAAUUUCUUCACGAAGUUCAAACACAUCCUGAAAAACCAUAUUACAGGAAAACACACUAAUACUAAUUUCAAGCCAUACAAGUGCCAUCUUUGUGAUCAUAGCUGUAAGUUGAAAGGGAACUUAAACAAACAUCUAGUGAACAAACACGGGUUAGAGGUCAUGACCGAGGUCAAACAGCGCAAGAUAGCCUUGGAAACAGGUCAAGGUUACAAUGAGAUACUUGUGGAUCGUGCCAAGUCUAGGAUUGCCUGCACGAUCCCUGCAAUGUUUCCAGAGGAGGGUCAAGAUUGCUUUUCAAAAGGCAGUGAAAGAAGAAGCUUCUGUAGCAACAUUUAUGCAUUCCAUCGUGAAUUUUUCAGAUCAGACAGAAGUAUGAGCGGCCGUCAGAAUGAAACUUCAGGAAAUGAGGAUGAUGAUUUCACUAGUACCACUAGGUCACUGGGAGAGAGUAGGAUGAACAUGACCAUAGGGCAACAAGCUGAAAAUCAAGCCAAGUUUUGUCAAGCUAGAGUAGCCAAUGCAGAGAAGUACCUGGGGUCACUUUGUGAGGUAAUGGGGUCAAUCACACGGAAAACGGCCAGGAUUCGAGACAAAGGUGACAUUUUAGCCAAAAUAUGUAAGGACUAUUCAGAUGAGGAGACAGUUAGUCACUCACUGAAGGCAGGUCUACGAUUUUGUGCCGAGAACUUAUCUGUGAUACAGGACUACAGGCAUGCUCAAGUACAGAGACUGGAGUCAAAGGUCGUCAGACCCCUCAGUGACUAUGGCAACAUCUGUAAACAAAUCAAAGCUGGUGUGAAGCGGGAGCUAGAUGCUGUCAAAAGAGAAGAUAAGAAAAAGACAGAUCUUCAGAAAUUACGCUCUAAAAAUCCAGCAAAUACUCACCAGAUUGCUCAGUCUGAUGUUGAGAGAGCCAGGGAGAAUGCCUCUAUAGGAAGUAAACAUCUAGAGGAACAAAUGGUCACGUUUGAGAAACGGAGGCUUCAUGAUAUUAAAUCUUCCAUGCUAGAUUAUUUUAAAGUUCAGUUAGUUUUCCAUGCCAAAGCUAUAGAGUUUUAUUCCAAGUGCUUUGAGAGUAUGUCCCUGAUCGAUGAGGAGAGGGAUUUACAGGAAUUUCAGAGGAAGUUGUCGAUGGCCAGGGGAGCCCCGGACUCUGAGGACAUUAGUCACGCCCUGACCUCAAUGACAACAACGAAUGGACACUCAGAUACACUCGGCAGCACAGACCCCUAUACCUCAACGUACGAGUCAACAGCCUCGGAUCAACGACGAGUACGCAUUAGUCAAACUUCUACAAUGUAUGGUGAUGAUGAUGAUGAAGACGAUGACGAUGAUUAUUAUGAUGAUGAUGAAUAUGAUUUAUCAACAGCAAGAUGAAAGUGAGAGUAUAAACUGCGCAACACUAGAUAUAAAUAUCUUCAGAAGUUCUGGACAGUAGUUGGUAGUCAUCCGUUUCAUCUUCAUUGCUUCAUCAGACAGCUAGUGUACAGAGGAAUAUCUCAUUUCAUUAGAACUAGUAACUGUAGAGUUACCACUAAAAGUCACUUUU